UCGAAAUAACUGGCCCAAAUUUCGUGACGCUUUUUCGCUUUCCCGUUUAACUUUCCCAACUUCCUUUCUGACCGCAUCAAACUGGCUUCCCGGGACCUUUUAUAACGUGCCGUUUGUCGGUUCGAGAGCUGGGCGUGUGUGCGCGAGCGAGGGGAACCGUGAACCGAGGGUUCGGGUGCGUGUGUGCUGAACAAUUGCGUCGAAUGUGCUGUGCACUUCCGCUCUGGUGGUAGUGCUGCUGCUGCUGCUGCUAAACGGUGCGUGAGAGUAAGCGAGAGGAAGCUAAACCAAUCCCCCGCUGGCCUAAAGGGGUAGUUGGAGGGCGGAGAGCACAAACGAGUAGAUAAGAGGUUUGCAGCAGCGGGCACCACACAUUACACCACCCUUGCAACGGUUUACAUCAUUCCCUUCGGCGUAACGUUCCCGGAGAUGUUCCGAGCACGCACACAGCUUGGCAAGCGACAAACGGCGGACAGCGGCAAUGGCUUUCGUCCGAAGAAGUUCCGGACGGAUCAGCAGGUACCGACGAUCGACGAGGGACAAACGGGAGCUACGGACGGUACAGUGCCGGACGGUGGUGCGGUAGCAAGCGGCGAUCGGGAGGGCGAGGACGCGACCGCGAACAUGAGCAAGUACGCGCGACGUAUUGUGCGGGGCCAGACGGGCAACGUUGUGCUGGAUUGUGAAAUUCCACGGUACGGUACACCGGUGGAACGGAAGCGCUGUCGGAAGGCGGGUGAUUUCGUGAUCGGUUACGAGCUGGGCACCAGCCCGGGUGUCCCGCAGACGCAGUAUUUGGCUCGAAAGCAGGAUAGCAACGAGUUCUAUCUGUUGAAGAUACUCAGCUUUGAUCCGGAAACGGAAAUCGUGGACAAAGAAACGCUACAGGGCAAAGUGCUGCUACACAACGAGUUCACGCUGCUCUCGAUGUUGGACGAUCUGGAUGGCGUCAUUCAUCAGCACGGAUUUUUUAGCGAUUAUGCAUUCGAAGAGCGUCAGAUCGAACGGGACGAUGGUACGGUGCAUUCGAUCUAUACCGGCCGCAUACGACGUCGGUUGAUUCUCGUGCUGGACUGUGUUCAUGCGCAUGAAUUCUGUGACGAGUCGUCCGCAUUCAUCAGCCUCCAGCGGCACAUCUCGCUGGCACGGCUUAGCGAGCGAGAUGCGCUGGAACUGUUCUACGAGGUGGUAAAGGUGGUCGAACAACUGCACGCCCGUAACAUCAUCCAUCGGGAUCUGAAGCUGAACAAUAUUGUGCUCGACCGGCGUACGGGGCGGAUUGUGCUGACGAACUUUUUCCUCGGGAAGCAUCUCAUCAACGAGCAGGAAUGUUUGUUUGAUCAGCGCGGAAGCCCGGCAUACAUUUCGCCCGAUGUGCUGGGUGGUAAACCGUACCGGGGAAAACCGUCCGAUAUGUGGGCGCUCGGAGUCAUCCUAUACACGAUCGUGUACGGAAAGUUUCCCUUUCUGGACACGACACCGUCUGCACUAUUUCGGAAGAUUCGUGAAGCAGAUUAUACCAUUCCGAGCGGUUUCAACACAACGCAUGAGACGAAAAGUCUCAUCAAACGAAUGCUGACCCUCAAUCCGGAUGAACGUUUGACCGCGUCGGAGGUGCGCAUUGAACUGGAAAAGAACCUGCGUAAGUUUCGUCGACCAAGGAUGAACUGUGAUCAGCUCGUGCCGGAAUUGGUGGAUGUAGUACCGCCACCAGUGGCAUUAUCAUCUUCGCCCGAUAAACCCGUGGCCCACGGUGAUCAAUCGAUCCCAACUGGGAAGGAAUCCGUUGCCGGAUCUUCCACCGUUGAACCGAUGACGGUGGAUACGUGCGUAAAUGAUUCGGUGAAGAAGAACGCCAACCCGUUUCCAAAGUUCGAUCUAAGUACGGAACCAUUUUCCCGCAUCCUUGAAGCUAACGUUAAUCAAUGCCGGGUGGACGAAACUUCCAAGCCGAAAGGCGAGCGCACGUAUAAGGUAAAGACAACGACGUACCGGUUUACUCCUACUUCCGUGACGAGUCAGCUUCAUCGACAGCAGGAAAUUGGGGAAGUAGUUGCUGGAGGAUUACUCUCGGGAGUUUCUGCAAAUUCCGCACCACCGGAACAUCAGUCGACAGUUGGUGGUAGACGAUCGAAUGCUUCGGCUACUAGCGCUACCGCUAGUGGUACUGGUGAGCAGUCGACGUCGUCCAAUGCAGGUCGGAAUUGGAGUCGGUUUAAUUUUAACUUGAAUCUGCAAUAUACCGCGAGCUCGUAUAACAGUGCUGCCAGGGCCGUUGCUGCGGCAAUCGCUGCCGUUCAUAAUGUUGGAACUUCAAGUGCCAUAAAUCGUGCACGAAUGGAAAGAAACCGCAAUGACCCGAGCGGCAACAGUAACGGUUUCAAUGCAGCAAACGAUCGUCCAUCAUUGCCCCGGCUGGUGAGCGUCAGUCAAACAGUCCGCACGGUAAGAUCAGCCGGUGGCCUUCAGCACCACCAACAACUAUCGUCUCCACCGCCGCUGCUCAUUGCCGGUCCGGAUACGAAUGGCCCGGAACCCUUCGCACUCGAUCAAACUGUAAAUCGACCAUCGCUGGGAACGCUAACACCAGCGGCGCAGCGACUGUAUUCCAUCAUGAACUACAUAUCGGUGAACAAUCGCGGUCCAGCCGGUGGUAAUAAUCAACCCACCACACCAACAGCGGUUCCGCCAGUCCCAGCGAUCGCCGAGACGGAUUCAGCUCCGGCCGGGCUCGACUUUAACGGCAUCAUUACGCCGGACAUGGCGGACAAGAUUGUCGCGUACUUGAUCGUAAAUUUGCGCAGUCUCGACUGGGUCGCAAAUGUGUUCCGCUCGAUCGACGGUGGCGUUAAUGAUCCAGAACUACGCGUUAACAAUCUGCUCGAACUGUUGCGCCAGCUUGGCGUACGUAUGGAGGCCUGCAACGGGCAGAUAGUGAUCCGGACCGAGCAGACGCGCGACCGAAUGCAGUUCCUUAGCUUGCUCCUCCGAAUCGCUGGCUAUAAUGAUAAGUACUUUCACCAGCGGUCUUCUUAGCUUGGUGUGCAGCAGUAGUACGUACGGAGGAGCUAACUUCUAAUAGACCGGGGAAGGGGGAAUAAUCACCGUCCCCACGAGUCGUCCCCGAUGCACUGAAAGGGUUUUAAGAUUUUUUUAUUUUACUUUUGGUAUAGGAAUCAUAUAAUCGCAGUAACUUUAAUAAAUAAGUAAGCAAAAGAGAAGCAGAGGGACACUAGAGAAAGUGGCGUUAUGCUUUUGUAGCAUGCAUGCAGGUAGCUAGGGACUUGGACAUCAACAUCAGCGACAACAACGGGCGAUGUGCCGAGAGUCUCCCGUAUAAUAUCUCAACACUCAUUUUACGUUUCGACUGACUGAAUUUACGUUUGUAGCUCAUUAGUAGUCCCAUUAGUAUCCAGGCCACAGUGGGAUCGUCUGCUUAAUCUCAUUCACAUUUAGUUGAAUGGUUAGUAGUAGUGCCACGGCAAUAGUAGCGCUACUUUCUUGGGGUUAAACUCUACACAUUUUGUUUUGGAAGCAAACGCUGCUGCUACUGCUGCAACACCACGGAUUCAUUGGUCUGCGGCGGUCUCACCUUACAUCGUGCAGUUCAUCAUUGCUUUACGAUUUAUUAUAAAUAAACAAUUUAUAUAUUUUAUGUUAUUAAUCAAAAGUAAAAAAAUGAAACGAAAUGGAA